AUGAGUGCUGGAGACAGGCCAAAUAUGCAUGAGCAAACUGGUUGCUUUGAUCCCAACACAAUGGCAGAAGGUGUCAGCUCUCUAAAAGAUAGCUUUCCUCAAACUCUGCCAGAACCAUCACCACCACCACUUAUGGUUGCAGGCAACAACACCACAAACAGCAAUAAUAAUAGCCUUGAAGAGAAUCUCAGGCUUUCUGUGGAGGAGCUGUCCUAUCACCACCAGCACCCAGAAGAUGUCUCCACAUAUGAAAAUGGAGUCACUGCCACUUCUAUAGACAUCCCACAUCCACAGCAUCUGGGUUUGAACAUGGGAAACUCCUACUACAACAACAACAACAACAUGGAUGCCCAUUUGGUUCAAGAUGUCAUUGAUGGCUUUCCUUAUCAGCAGUCCAAUUGGGACCCUAGUGUUCAGGAAUUACAAGAUAUGGACUAUGCUAAUCACCAAGAAAACCAACCACAUGAACAACAAUUUCAGCAAAUUGAGGCACACAAUUGCAGCCAAAGUUACAAUCCCUCUUCCCUACUGGAUCCUCCUUACCCUUCACCAGAUCUCCUAAACCUUCUCCACUUGCCAAGAUGCUCAGCUUCAUCUUUGCUCACCAAUCCCACCAUUUGCAUCACAAACCCAACUCAGAAAACACCCAAUUUUCAGAACUCCAUGGGUUUUCUUGGAGACCUUCCAAUAGGAUCAGACAACACAAGUGCAUCCUCAGUUUUGUAUGAUCCUCUAUUUCACUUGAACCUGCCUCCACAGCCUCCAGCCCUCAGAGAGCUUUUUCAGUCUCUCCCCCGUGGCUACAGCUUGCCAACCAGCUCAAGAAAUGGUUCUCUUUUUGGUGGAGGGGAUGAGAUGGAGGGAGAUGGGAGCCAGCUUGACAUGGGAGUGCUUGAAUUCAACAGGGGCACAGCUUCUGUUGGCAAAGGAAGGGAAGGAAAAGCUACCAAACAUUUUGCAACUGAGAAACAAAGAAGAGAGCAAUUGAAUGGAAAAUACAAAAUCUUAAGGAGUCUUAUCCCAAACCCCACCAAGAUUGAUAGAGCUUCUGUGGUGGGUGAUGCCAUUGAGUAUAUAAGAGAGCUGAUUAGAACAGUCAAUGAGCUCAAAUUAUUGGUGGAGAAGAAAAGAUAUGGGAAGGAGAGGUGCAAGAGGCACAAAACUGAAGAUGAAGCUGCAGAGAGCUGUAACAUAAAGCCUUUUGGUGAUCCAGAUGGGUGCAUAAGGACCUCAUGGCUCCAGAGAAAAUCCAAAGACAGUGAGGUUGAUGUCCGGAUCAUUGAUGAUGAUGUUACAAUCAAACUCUUUCAGAGGAAGAAGAUUAACUGCCUGCUGUUUGUCUCCAAGGUUCUGUAUGAACUUCAGUUGGAACUUCACCAUGUUGCAGGUGGACAUGUUGGGGAAUAUUGCAGUUUCUUGUUCAACAGCAAGAUAAUUGAAGGUUCUUCAGUCUAUGCAAGUGCUAUUGCCAACAGGGUGAUUGAUGUUCUGGACAGUCAGUAUGCAGCAGCAGUUCCACAUACAAGUAGCUAUUAGGGCUGAGGAGGAUAGUGUCAAG